UCCCAUAUCAAAUGCCCAUGAGUGGCUUGCAGAAAACCCUUCUGAGUCUAUAAUUGCUACCUGUGAAUCAACACUACGGAUGAGCCUCAAAUGGCGUGCUCGGAACCUACCACCUAAGGGUGGUAGGAAUAAGGUCCUCUCUACUACAUAGUCAGAAGCCCUUAAGAAAUGGAUCCUUGAGCAGUAUUACCUAGGGCUUAGAGCUACUAGAAGUAUGAUAUUUUCUGCAGUCUGCCAGCUCCGGAGCCUACAUGUAACGGGGUGCCGCCGUUAUAGUACAUGUGGUAUAUAAAGCGUGUUACGCGUAUUCUAGGAAUACUGUAGUCUUUUUGGCUCAGUGGGAUGUAGCGCGAGCGUAACCGUACAUCAUUACACAAUCCUUCAUGAGAGACCUUACCCAAAUCCAGAAGCAGACUUUUAAGGAGUCUACAAUAGUCUUAGCUUUCUGGAAAGCUGGAAUCUGUAAUAAGCUGUAAUACAGCUAUUAUGAAGCUACGCACCUACAUACAGCCUACGCCUACGCCUAGUACGCCUACCCUACCAAUACGGGUUUCUAACCCUCUACUUUUCGGGCUGUAGAAGAGGGGCUACAGUACUAGAAACACCGGGUUCCGGAGGGCUUUAGUAGCCCCUCAAAAGAGAGCUACUGCAAUUGGCUUACCGGAACCGAAGAGGUUGUAGUAGGCGGCCAGAACACGACUUACGGGCUAUUCGGCGCCAGGUUGAGGAGUCGAAGAAGCGGGCAAGCCGAAGCCGGGCCCGGCUUCAGUUCGGAGGUGAGCUCUAAGCUGCUCACGCUCACGAGCUUCGGGCCUAGAAAGCCGAGCUUCAAGCCUAGAAAGCCGAGCUUCAAGCCUAGAAAGCCGAGCUUCAAGCCUAGAAGCUGCUGAGUGAGUGUGGGAGUGAGCGUGGGAGUGAUGAAGUGACAAUUUCUUACAAUGAUUGAUUUAUGUACCUUUACAUACAAAUUACUAUGUAAUGGUACUUAUAGGCUACAUAUUGCGAAGCCGCGCACAUCGCUUCCGCUCAUUUUGAAACCGCGCGGAUCGCUUCCUCCAACCUAGGAGCGAAGCGAAAAUUUGGUCACGACGAUUACCCAUCAACCAGACCAAAAAACACGUCCCCUACACGCAAACUACUCAAUCCCAACCAAAACACACGCGUGCGGUCCCGAACGCACACCCUCGCACGCGUCCCGGAUGAGAUAACCACACGAACGUACGAUUACCGCUGAUACGAGGCCGCACACGGCGCUGACGACGAGACCGCGCGGGCCGAGCACGGAGGAGCGAUGAGCAUGCUCUUGCGGCAGCCGGGGCGCAUUGCGCGGCUGGGAGCAGCAGCGGCGACGACGAGGAUUGCGGCGAGGCAUGGAUUGGGGCGACAAGCUGCGGUGCCGUUGAGCAUGCGGAUGGCGGCGGCAAGGGGGUUUACGAGUGGGAGAUCGUGGAUGAAGCAGGAGGAGGGGGCGAAUGGGGGGAAGAAGAAGAAGGAGGAUGGGGAUAAGAAGUUGGAGGAGGAGGCUGGGGAGAAGAAGGUGGAGAAGGGGGCGGUAAAGAAGGUUGAGGAGGCGAGCCCCGGCCCGGAGAAAGUGGCGGAUUUGGGAUUUCUCCAUGGGAGUCUCGUCCAUGGGGAGGGGGCAGAGAAGGCGCAGAAACUCAUGCGGAAUGGGAUAGUGAUGCUCUCGCCUGAGGAUGUGGUAUCGCUGGAGGGGAUAAUAGAGCAGCUGAAGGGGGGGUUUAUAUUCCCGAAGUCCUGGUCAGCGGAGAUAACGACGAGGUUGUUGAAGGAGAAGGGCUAUCCGAAAGCACUGCUCGGGAUUCUUGAGAAGUACAAGGGAGGAGAGCCAUUGAGCACAGCGGAGGCGGCGAUCAUGCUCAACCUCGCGAAGAUUGUGAUAGAACUAGAAGCAGGAGGCAAGUCACUUAGGGACUUCGCUCCCCCGGCUGGGCAAGAGGUACCGAUUGGGGCACCGUCGCCACCUGGCGGGGACAAGAGCGGCAAGCAGGAGGGACAGCAAGGACAGCAGGGCGGCAAACAAGGCGGGCCUAAGACCUACGAGUUCAAGCUGGACUUCAACACUGCCAUGCUAGGCGCGUUUACAACCUACAUGCUUUACAGAAUGGUCGUGCCGGGCGAGAACUCGCGCGACAUUACAUGGCAAGAGUUCCGGACGACGUUCCUCGAGAAGGGCCUCGUCGAGAAGCUUGUCGUCGUCAACGAGAACCGCGUGCGAGUCAUGCUGCACCGCGAGGCCACGGCGCGCGCCUACCCAGAGUCACCAGCUGCGCAGCCUAACUUCCACUACUACUUCACAAUUGGCUCCGUGCAAGCCUUCGAGCAACACCUCGAGGAGGCGCAAAACCAGCUCGCGAUCCCGAGCAGGGAGAGGAUACCGGUCAGCUAUACUAAAGAGGGUUCGCUCGUGGACCUCGCUAUCUCCUUGGGGCCAACACUGCUGAUUGUCGGUGUCACCAUCUUCAUGAUUCGCCGUAUGGCUGGCGGUGCAAGUGGUGGCGGCGGCCAGGGUGGAAUGUUCGGCAUGGGCAAGAGCAGAGCCAAGAAGUUCAACCACGAGACGGACAUCAAGGUUAAGUUCGCCGAUGUCGCUGGCAUGGACGAGGCAAAGCUGGAAAUCAUGGAGUUCGUCAGCUUCCUGAAGACUCCAGAGCGCUACUCGAGGCUAGGCGCCAAGAUUCCCCGCGGUGCUAUCCUGUCUGGGCCUCCCGGAACCGGUAAGACCCUGCUGGCGAAGGCUACGGCCGGCGAGUCCGGCGUGCCCUUCUUCAGCGUCAGUGGUUCCGAGUUCAUGGAGAUGUUCGUCGGUGUCGGUCCGUCGCGUGUGCGCGACCUGUUCGCCAUGGCGCGCAAGACAACCCCUUGUAUCAUCUUCAUCGACGAAAUCGACGCGAUCGGUAAGUCGAGAGAGAAGUCUGGCUUUGGAGGCGGUAACGAGGAGCGCGAGAGCACGCUGAACCAGAUCCUCACGGAGAUGGACGGCUUCAACACCAAGGAUCAGGUUGUUGUUCUGGCGGGUACGAACAGACCGGAUGUUUUGGACAAGGCCCUCAUGCGUCCUGGCCGCUUCGAUAGGCACAUCACAAUCGAUCGCCCGACUAUGACUGGUCGCGAGCAGAUCUUCAAGGUUCACCUGCAAAAGAUCGUCACGAACGAGGAUAUCGAUUACUUGACUGGACGCCUCUCUACUCUCACCCCCGGAUUCUCUGGUGCCGAUAUUGCCAACUGCUGCAACGAGGCAGCUCUUAUUGCUGCUCGCACCAACGCCGAAUCCGUCAUGAUGACCCACUUCGAGCAAGCAAUCGAGCGUGUCAUCGGUGGUCUCGAGAAGAAGUCCCUCGUCCUCGACCCCGAGGAGAAGAAGGUCGUCGCGUACCACGAGGCCGGCCAUGCGAUCUGUGGCUGGUACUUCAAGUACGCCGACCCGCUCCUCAAGGUCUCGAUCAUUCCCCGUGGUCAGGGCGCGCUAGGUUACGCCCAGUACCUCCCCACCGGCGACCGUUACCUGAUGAACGUCAACCAGCUGAUGGACCGCAUGGCUAUGACGCUCGGAGGCCGCGUGAGCGAAGAGUUGCACUUCCCGACUGUGACGAGCGGCGCCAGCGACGAUUUCGACAAGGUGACCAAGAUGGCGACGGCGAUGGUGACGAAGUGGGGCAUGUCUCCCAAGCUUGGCCCGCUGCACUUCGCCGACGACCCAAACAAGCUUACCAAGCCAUUCGCUGAGUCGACAGCGCAGACCAUCGACGCUGAGGUGCGCCGCAUCAUUGAUGAGGCGUACACGCAGUGCUCGGAUCUGCUGAAAGCGAAGAAAGACGAGGUUGGGCUGAUUGCCGAGGAGCUGUUGAAGAAGGAGGUCCUGGGCCGUGAGGACAUGGUGAGGCUGUUAGGGAAGAGGCCGUUCGAGGACCACAAGAGUUUCGAGAAGUACUUCGGAACCGGGGACAAGAAGAGCGCGCCGCCGCCGUUCCCGGAGGAGGUCUCGGAUGGACCGCCUGAGGGGCCGACACCUACGACUCCGGCGUGAGUGGAGGUGUGAAGUCUUGGGUAGCCGGGGUGUUGUGGUGGGUGUUUAUUCGCGGGAGAGCCUGGUCGAUGAGUGUCGGCGGGUGCAGCCUGCUGUGCGUCAACUCUUCUCAUUGUUGUUUUCUCUGGUGUACACAUUUGUAUCCUCGAAUUGCAUUGUCCUAGGCGUCCAUAGAUAAAACCAACUUGUACUGUGGGCGGAGAUUAGGAGAGGAGGAAGGGAAAGACGGGGAGGAGAGAGAUUUUGCUGGAAAGUUAGAUGGUUGAUAGAUUAAGUAUGUAUAAUAUGUGUAAUAUUCUCGAUGGAACCUCCACGUUCUGGCUCCAAGUUGUAACAAAUGCAAUUCCAUUUGUGUCCGCCAUAGUGAAGUAAGUCCCAAUCAAGAGACCCUUAACCUUUCCUUAUAGCCCUGUUUAUUUGAUCGUCUCUUCAAAACUAUCUACCA